GAACAUGAGAAUUUAGUUUGAAUUUAGCGAGUGAUUCGCGAGCAACAACUGUGUUCAGAUUGGUAUGUGGAAAUGUGCUCACUGAAUUUGCAUUGUCAGUGGCUAAUGAUAAUGCUGUGCCUGGCCAGCAUUGCUCUGAAUGUGACCAGCUACUCGGAGUACGAGCAGCGUUAUGACAAUCGGCGAGGAGCGGGACAAGAAUCUCGAUACUAUUCAGGUGGCAGCAACGGCAAUAGGCAGCAGCUGUCUGCACAGAUGCCUUAUCAGCGACCAGGCGGAAACUACAACCAAGUGGACAAUGACCAACAGCAGCCGCUGAGUCGUGAGUACUUGGUGCGUGCUCACGAGUCAGUCACGGAUCGAGAGCAUCACAGGUGCCGCAUUUGGGUGCCGGUCGAUAUGGUGUACAAGUAUCCGUUGGCAAAUAUCAUAUCAUCAGAUACGGCCAACAAGCUGGCCAACAUUGAGGUCUGUUGCACCGGCACCAUUGCCAUACGGCAUCUCGGCGUUACUGUUUGUCGUCCGAUUUGUGGCUGCCUGAAUGGUGUUUGUCGUAUGCCCGGCGAGUGCGAUUGCUUCGAGGGAUUCGUGAAGAACGAUAAUGGAGACUGUGUCUUUGCCUGCCCGUUGGGCUGUCAGAAUGGUCGUUGCUUCCUUGACGGAAGUUGCCAAUGCGAUCCGGGCUAUACGUUGGACGAAACGCGUCGCUUCUGUCGUCCCAUCUGCAGCAGCGGCUGCAGCAACAACGGACGCCACAAUUGCACCGAGCCGGAGACCUGCAGCUGUGCCAAGGGCUAUCAGCUGACCGACAACAAUGGCUGCCAGCCCGUCUGUGAUCCCGACUGUGGCAUUGGAGGCCUUUGCCGGGACAACAACAUCUGCGACUGCGGAGCGGGCUACACGCUCAAGGAUGGCGUCUGUCAGACGGAUUGCUAUCAAAAAUGCAAUAAUGGAAUCUGCGUGAGCCGCAAUCGAUGCAUCUGCGAUCCCGGUUUUACAUACCACGAGCAAUCCACAAUAUGUGUGCCUGUUACUAGGAAAUUUAUUUUAUCUAAACCGCUUAAUAUAUCUAAAGGCAAGCAGCUCUACACUACACUGUUAAGUUAUAGUAUGUUAUUUUAAACUCACAAAUAACAAUAGCUUUCACAGGAUGAGCGAUUUUCACGCUUUUUGUAGUUGGGAAAGCAUUCGCAUUCGAGCCGUCCAGCUCGAAGCCCUUGUCGCAUCUACAAGUGCCAUAGGGAAAGCCCAACGGACAGGUGGGCACACAUUGUUGUUUCGAUAGUCAUUGAAGCAUUGACAGCGACCGCUUGGCAAGCAAAAACCAUUCUCCUGGGCACGAUCGCCGCAAUCCGGAACACUACUAAUACUGUACGCAUCUUUGCCGCUCUGCAACAUUCAACUCGCAGUUGUUUACUGUUGUUCCGGCGACUGGCAAGUUAGAGAAACGGGUCAGCGCCUAAUCGUUGCUCUGGGAGGAAAGCAGCGAUAAGAGGACGGGCUUUUAAUUAAAGCAUUAUUAGCGAGACGCUGCGUACCACUGGAAUUAAGAGUACUUCAACAUUCUGCCUGUGAGGAGAGGAGAAGAAUUCGAAAUAGUGACAGAAUAAGAGAUGGACAGAGCGAGAGAGAGAGAGAGAGAGAGAGAGAGAGAGAGAGAGAGAGAGAGAGAGAGAGAGAGAGAGAGAGAGAGAGAGAGAGACGGAAAUUAAGAGAAGACUAUGUGAAGAAGUUUGAAGACAUCAAAUUUCGAAAUAUGUUUCUUAUUUUAUUUUAUGUACAUUACUAUAUAUUAUAGGAGAAGACUUGCAUCUUAUGAGAUGUAAGGAAAAAGUUUGAAACAUCAAUCUUGGAUAUAUAUCUGGCAAUUUAUAGAAAAUUCUUAAUUACAAAAAAUCCAAAUGACUUAAAAAAAAAUAAAUAAAUAAAGAAAUCGAUUUGUAGAAAUAAUUUCAUUUGAAAUAAAAAUAAUUAAAAUAUAAAAUAUACAAUUUGUCAGAAUAAAGAAAUAUUAAAUAACGGCAUAGUUUUCCAUCUCUAAGUUGUAUUUGCAGGAUGAUAACAAAAAAAUUAAUAAAUAAAAUUGUUAAUAUGUUGCCAUAGUUUUGUAGUAAUAUUCCUCAAAUUUCAUAUAAAAAUCAUUGCAUUGAAGAUUGAAUAGAAAUUAGGCAAUUUAGUGUGCACUUCGAAUUAAUUUUAGUUUUAUUUUCUGCGUAGUAAUAAAUA